AUGGACACUGCUGAAUAUGAUACGAACGUCCUCGUUGUGAACAACAUCUCUUCCAUUUACUUCCGCUUCUACGAACCAUCCCCGGACGCAUUUCAGAACUUUAACUCUGUAGCCAUUGAAAUCGAGGGUAAACUUAAAGACCAAGGUCAUAUUGUUCACUACGACGCCAGCCGUCGCGGAUUCUGGUAUUUCCGACUGAUUGCACAGGAAGGCAGUCAUGACAUCAGCACCAAGGAGCCGGAAACCUCCUUGAUCUUGUGCAACCAGUCGCUCACAGCAGGCGAGGAGGGGUUUUUGGAACCGGGUCAUCUUCAAAAACCUCGAACAAAUCAGCCACCAGCCAGUCACGCCCCGGCCAGUUCGAACUCAUGUACAUCCGCCCCCGACCAGGCGCAACGCUACCUUGUUCCAUCAUCUUCCCACGCCGGGCCAGGCGUGUCUCAAGAACAUGAGGGUAGUGGCUCUGGAUCGACGACGGUCGAGUUCAAGUCAAGUCAGGGGGAACCGACAUCUUCCAAGGCUGUGUACGAAAAUUUCAUUUUUGCCACUCUCUUGACCAUGUCGGCCGCCUUCUGCAAUCGCACUGGCGCCAUUCCCCUCGACUAUCAGACCGUGCUCCUAUCUCCGUCCUUCCUAGGGAACGAUGGCGUUGGCGAAGUGGCGACCGACAGAGCUGCCACGGUAGGUACCAUGAGAGCUUACAUGACAACGACGGGUACACUUGUCCUCAGCAUGAGCCUGACGAUAUGCCGGGGACUGCGCUCAUUCAACGAUUUGGUCAAUGCAGGCCCGGUUGUUCCUGGAAAACGGAUACUAGCCGCUCCUCUGGGAAUGAUCGCUACCAGCCAACUACCCACGCCAUUCGACGGCGGUACAGCUAGUAUGGCUCAAACACCAAACACGCAGGCAUUGAGUUCUCGAGGAGUUCUUGAUAUCCACGACUCUCUCGCGAAACGGACAUGCUCAAAGUUCUUACAAUAUCGUGGCCUGGCCCAUUCCAAGUUGACUGAUUGCUUUUGGAUAAACUUGCUCGUUUCCAAGCCCAAGCUUUGCGGCAUAAAAUGCGACCCCAAGAGAUUACAAACAUUGAAUCCCAACAUUUCUAUUCCAUGGCCUGGCCCUCUCUGCUUUCGCAAGAAGGCUGUCGAGGUAUCCUACACGAGCCGGGUAGGCGAUACGCUACUCAGCGGUCAUGAGGAAAGUUAUGACCCCCUAGGCAAUGCGCAGUCUUGGUUCAGUUCUGGCGCAGAAAGACAGGAGAAGAUAGCCAAGAGAAAAGCAGACCGAAUGACCGCCUCUCACGACGCCAGCAACAAUGAUCAUCGACCUCAAAGGCCAAACGGACAAUCACCCAUGUUUUUGAGACGGGCGAGCGCGGCAGCAGCGGGACUAAUGUAUCCUACUCCGCCGGAUGCCCUGCAGAACUUCAAUGGAGUAACGCCGUCCCUGGAUGGUACGCUGUCAAGUCCUGGCAAUCCUUUGUCGGUGGCAGCUGUCCCAGACGCCGCCGAGUGUAACGGAACCGACCUCGCGAUAACAGCGGAAACGUUCGAGCCAGGGUCAGGGUUGGAAGGGUCCAGCAAGAAGAGAAGUGAUGGCAAUUUACUGGUGGAAGCGGAGCACAUGUACGAGGACCUGAGCGGCGGUGACAUGUUCGCCGACGAUCAUGUCACUGAAGACGACUUCAACUUUUUCGAUGAAGAGCCUAGCGAAAUGGACCUUGAUGAUGCCAUUGGCAGCAUUGGGGCCGAAUCUUUGGAAAACAACUUUCAGCAAGCCCCUGAAUCGGCCAAAGAAGAACGACUUGCCGUGGCGGAGGUUGCCGAUCCAUCCGGGGACGUCGAUGUUUUCACGAAGCCACAACUGCGGCACGCCAUCAGUGCUCGAAACGACAUCGGGACUCAGCGAGAGACGAGUUGCAAACAAACUCCCAUGAAGCGAGAACCAAGCCCGUUUGAUCCGCAUACUGUUUUCAAGCGAGUGCGCGCCUCCCUCGUGGCGGCUGGAAGUGGGACUGCAACAGCUUCAGAGGGUCACCGUAUCAAGAAAAUAUUUGAGAAGAUGGAUUUUGACCCAAUGCUUCCCAAGAUUAACAAGAAAUACGAGAAGGGCGGGCAGUUCGAUUACAACAAGAAUGCUGGCCCCGCAAAACAAAAACUUGAGCUGGGGACAAUACCAGAAACCGAGUAUCUCAAACGCCACAAGCAGAAUCGAGGUUCAAACGAGCAGAGACUGCCCACCAUCGCGCUGCUGGGAUCCCUGGCAGGCCUGGAGGCACAUGAGCUUGGGCCCAGUCCUACAAAGCUGGAUGGCCACAUUGCCGGCUGCGACCCGAGCAGCGACGAAUCUGAUCAAGAUGAUUCAAGCUGCCUAAGCGAUGACGAGCCGACUUCGCCUCUGAAAUCAAGUGUCAAGCAAUUGUCCGGCGGUGAUGAUGAUGAUGCGUCGCAGGUGACUUCUUUGAAGGAAACUGACACGGCAGAGGAACCGGACCACCAGCUUGCUACCGAGCUGCCCAGGCUGUCCAAGCCCGAAACACCGGACACCCCCCUCUCCGUCUUCUUCUCCGAUCCGGAGCCGCUGUGCCUCGACCUCUCCUUGAGCGACGAAGAUUUCAUACAAGUGGCACAGAUAUUGGCUGAGCAGGCUUCUGUGGGCAAUCUGCAAAUUUACAACGGGACAGACCGUCUCAAGCCCGGCUCGGCAUGUGAGCAGAAUGGCCAGGGCAUCCCCAUCGAUGUCAGAGCGUCUCUCCAGUCACUGCGAGAUGUUGCUUCAUUCUUCUUCCGGGGCAUCGAGCCCAGCCGUCUGAAAAGCUUUCUGGACAUUCAAGACGUUUCUCUCCAAGGUCCGCACAGUCGACUGCAACCACGUCCCGUUCCGGGAAGGGACGCGACUGCUGAGCAGAUGCGGCCUAGCAACCUGUAUCAGAUUCCCGGGCCGCACUUGGAGAUGUGUAGGUCUGAUGCGAAACUAUCCGUGCUGCCGUCGGCAGUCACGUUCUGGGAAAGCCUGGGACUGGCGCCUUCGUCCGGAAGCAAAGACAUCACCGCCGUGUGUAUAUUUCCCGGGUGGAAAGGAAUGAAGGACAGCGCCAAGACGUUUCUAGGCCGGAUCAAGAGCGUAUAUGAAGUCUUGCGACUUGGGUCGGUGGAAAAUUUGGCCUUGUCGGCAGACGUGGCUGAUGGUCUCCUUCCGUACGAAGUGGACCGGAUAUCCACCUCGCCCGAUGCGACGCUGACUGGGCAUGGCUCAGCGCUAGUGGGAAGCAUGGAGACGAUGCGAAGCGCGCUCUCCAACCUGAAGGCUUCCGACACGAACGUGGUGGUUUACUUCAUCUAUUCCCCCAACAAUCCAGGGACAAUCGUGGAGGCGUGCGCGGCAUUUCAACGGUUUUUCGACUCGUACCAAAGGGAGCUCUCGGCCAAGAAGGAGCCGGUCGCGAACGAACUAGUUUUACAGCUCGUAUCGGCCGACAUGAUGUCGUCGCCGACCUCGAUGGUUGUCACGCCAUCUUCCGAACUGGUCAGACUUUGCGUGGAGACGUACGAUCGGUGCACACUGUUUGGCGGCCCCAUGCCCGCACCAGCCAUCCGCCUGGAGCAAGCUCUGCCUCGCAUUGUCGACUUUAAGCUCAUCAACACACCGUCGGCGUCGUUGAUGAGGGAAAAUUCGUGCAUCCAUGUUGCGUAUGCGCGAACGGUGGAUGAGCGCUGGAUCACGGCUGCCUGGACAGACGACCGAGGAUAUCAACAGGCGACUUCCGCCUACUGCCUCGGAAGAAGAGGCAAGCUGCCGUCGAGGUCGCUGAGUGAGGUGGCUCAAGAGAUUUGGGUAUCUACUCUGGAUCUGGUCGCCACCUGGAAGGUCCACUGGAGGAUCAUCGUUACCAAGUGCGGACCGAUGGAUCAGCACGAGGUGGAGUGCUGGACCGAACUGGCACGGGCAGACGUCAAGGCGUCGGUGACGGUCAUACUGAUGACGGUGAACUCGAGCCCAUCCCUGCAGUUCAUCCCACCGGUGGUGAGGCUGCCGCAAACGGCAGCCACGUUUUACACGACGCCCGUCUCGACCCCGCAAGCAAACAACGCUGUCUCCCCGGAGCAAAGCGCAACGCCAGCUACUCCGACCAACGCCGCCGCCGCCGCCGCCGCCACUCCAGGCGGCGAAGCGGCCGGCCCGGACUCGGAAACGGAUGCCGUCCUGGUGGACGUGACUGACCAGACCUGGGUGGCAGUGGUUGGGCACCGGCUGAACAACUCGACGAGCGUGACGGACUUGCGCCCAGCCUUGGCCAGCGGCUACCUGAUCAAACGCACAGGAGGCCGGAUGGAAGACGCGCCGGUAGCGAUGGAGGUAAAUCUCAUACACUCGGAUGCCAGCCCGAGGGCAUACGAGCCUCUACUGAGAGAGAUGCUGAGCUGCUUCGGAGGACUGGCCACCCUCUCGAGGGCCAGAGGGAUGGUUCCGAGAGAUACGGGCGUGGGGCCCUGGCAUGUUGCGGCGGCGGAAAAGGCCGCGCGGGCAAUACACCUUCUCAUGUAA